AUGACUGAUACAACCUUCACUGGCUACAGCGAGCAGCAAGGCAGGGUCUAUGCUCAGUCUCGCCCGGACUACCACCAGAGCCUCUACGAUGCUGUUAUGAAUCAGCACACAUCUACUAGUGGCCAACUAGAUACUCUUGUCGACCUCGGUUGUGGGCCUGGUCAAGCUGCUCGUGCUCUUGCUCCUGAAUUCAAGACGGCCAUUGGACUGGACCCUUCAGUGUCAAUGAUCAGCGUCGCCCGAAGUUUGGGUGGUGAGACCUCCACUUCGCAGCCCAUUCGCUUCGAGGUUUCAACUGCCGAGGAGCUGGGAGCUGAUCUGAGUCCCGCGAUUGCCGAUGAGAGUGUGGACCUCAUUACUGUUGCCACUGCUGCCCAUUGGUUCGACAUGGACACAUUCUGGCCCAGGGCUUCGCAAGUCCUCAAGCCCGGUGGCAGCGUCGCCAUCUGGGUUAAUGGGGAAACUCGUGUUCAUCCCUCUGUCCCCAAUGCGGCUGCUAUACAGGCGACCGUAACCCGAUAUCGUGAUGAGCACCUGGCUGGAUUCUUGCAAGCAGGCAAUGCCAUGAGCCAGAACUGCUAUGCCACUCUCCCACUCCCCUGGACAAUUGCAAAUCCUGUCGCCGAGUUUGAAGAAUCUUCUUUCUUCCGUCAACAUUGGAAGAGCGGGGAUGAGUUCUUCAAGACUCGAGUGAGCCUCGGCUUGGAUGGCUUCGAAAAGAUGCUCAGCACGUUCAGUCCCAUCACCCGGUGGCGAGAGGCCCACCCUGAAGAUGUGGGAACAGAGAACGACGUGGUCAAGAGGUUUCUCAGAGAUGUCAAGCAGCUACAGCAUGAGGCUGGCGUGGAGCUCGGUGAGGAAUUGGUUACUCUCGAUAGCACUGGCGUACUCCUGGUUAUCAAGAAGAAGUGGUAA